AUGUCUAACUAUGACACUUUACAAGGUGGUGGGGAGACGGGGGGACCCAUUAGGCCCACUGCCAUGGUCCCUGCAGCGCAGCCAGCUGCCCGAGUGCAAGGUGAUCCCCCCGUCCUUUAUGGCCUCGGCUCAGUGGGAGUGACACCGGGCCCUGCUUUACGAGCUGCCAGCACGGCUUCUACGAGCCGACCCGCUGUCAAUAAGGGCUGUGUUUUAUAUUACGGGCAGGACGAUUUAUGGGCCGCCCAGCACUCAGCAGACAGCCAUUUGGCCAGGGAAGAAAAUGACCUAACACUUCAGAUAUUUGGAAACCAGAAAACAGGGUGCAUGUGUGUGCGCGUGGGGCGGGGGGGGGGGGGGGGCGCGGCGGGGGGCGGGUACGUGGAGCUACGUCUGUCUGCUGACUUACCAGACGCUCGCCUGACAUGCCCUUCUCUACCAAGUGGGCACGCAAAAUCCCCGCCAAGCGGCGCCUGCACGUCAGUCUGGGCUCCACCAGGGUCCGUGCUCAGCCAGCACCGGGCCGCCCCUGGUGUCCCACUCUGCCCCUGCAUCCCCAGCACCCAUCAUGAGAACGGGCUGAUCGCCGAGGAGGGGCAGCGCUGCCGCCGCUUCGCCGGCAACACCCGCCCCUACGUGCGCAAGGUCGCGCGCAAGGUGACAGAUCGGAAGUAUCCAAAGCUGAAGGAAGUGGAUGAUGUGCUUGAGGGAGCGGCUGCCUGGGAGAAUGUUGACUCUACUGCAGAGCCGUGUCCCAAGUGUGAACAUCCUCGAGCCCAUUUCCUGCAGCUUCAGACCCGCUCUGCAGAUGAGCCCAUGACCACCUUCUGCAAGUGCUGCAACGCCCAGGGUGGACGCCGCUGGCGGGACUAA